GCUCGUCCAGCUGCCCGACCAUAAUUUAGCACCGCUUGAGUCUAGUGGCAACUGAGUGCUUGCCGCUGAACUCAUGUCUUUGCCGUGAUGCUGUCUGAGAUGUUUGCGCAUGCGCAGAAGGGCUUGCAGGUGAAGACGCCCAGCAACACGCCCAACGCUCGGAGGCGAGAGAACCACCGCGACCGCGGCAGCCCCGCCCAUGACGAGUUCCAGAUCAUGGAGCCUGUGACGCUGCAGGAGCCGACAUUGUCGAGGGUGCCCAGUGUGCCCAGUCAUGUUGGAGGCUCUCCAUCCGCUGAGAAAAAAGCACUGCUUGCCUACAACCAGCUCUUGGAAGCACGGCUGCGCGCUGUCACUGAGGAGAACCGAGGCCUUCGGCUCCAGCACCAGCAGGACGAGUUGCACUUGCGGCAGUCGCGAGAGCUGGACAGGAGCAUGGAGGCGCAGUCCAAGGCAAGGUCGAAGGCCGCUCUGGUUUUCAAUGCCUGGUUCCGGGUGGCAGCGCAGGCGUGGAGGGAGAGGUGGCGGGCUGCAGAGGCGGCCGUCGUGUGGCAAGUGGAGAGUGAAAGGACUCAGCAUGGACACCUCCUGCGCGCGGAGGAGGCGGAGCGGCAAAGCGCCAGGCUGGAGGCAGCCCUGGAGCGCCAGCAGCGGCGCUUUGCCCAGGAGGAGCAUGAGGCACAGGAGGCGCAGCAGCAGAGCUGGGCAUUGCAAACGAGCUCGAUGCAGGUCGGAAAAAAGGUCCAGGCGCUGACAGAGCAACUCAGCCGGACGGAGGCCUUGUUGGUGGAGGAAAGGCAUCGACUCCGCCAUGAGGAGCGUCAGGCCCGGGAGAUGAAGCUGGCCAUGUCGGACUUGCAGGUGGCGCACGAUGAGAGCCGCGAGGGCCUUGCGCAGCGGCUGGCCAAGACAGAGGCGACACUGGCAGAAGAGCGCAUGCGAGCUGAUACCUCCCGGAUGGAAAGUAAAGAGGCCGGUAGACAGCUUAUGGCUUUGCAGUCCAAGGUCAGCGAUUCGUCCAUACUGGAAAACGACUCGAAGGAGCUGCGCCAGCAACUCUUGGCCCAGCAGGCCGCCAAGGUGGAGGCGGAGCGCCAGGUUGGCUUGCUGGAGGUGGAGGUGAACAAGCUCUCCUGCAAGCUCCGGCUCUCUGAAAGCGAGUUGGCAGAUGCCAAGUCCCAGGAGGCGCGCCAUGUGCGGAUCGCCACCCAGGAGGCAGACGCAAGAGCAGAAGAGCUGGAAAAGAGGCUUCGGCAUAUGGAGGAACAGCGCCGAGAAGCAGACGAUGCAGUGCUGCUAGCCGAGGCCGAACGUCAGUCAGCUACGCUCCGACUUCACCAAGCUGCUGCCGAGGUGGACAUGGCCAAGGCGACUGCCGAGGCCGCCAGCCUAGAGGCUCGACAGCUCCAGGACAUGGUCAUGAAGGCCAAGGCGAACGGCCUGUCGUCGUCACAGGACUGGAGCCACUACAGCUUGCAGUCAACCUGCUUGACCAGCGACGAAGAGGCGCGGUCAGAGAUGGAAGAAGCCUUGGCCGAGCUUCGGAGGUGGCGCCUGCAGGGGACACCUCCGAAAAGUGGGUCUGUAUUGCAGAAGGGCCUGAAGGCACGCAUUUGCGAAUUGGAGCGCAAGGUCCAAGCAGCCCGCGCCAUUCGCGAGCGCGGUCACCAGGCUGGGAACUCCCUGGCCGGCAUUGCAAGUGCUGCUGUGGCUGCCGCACGGGACGCCAGCAGUGAGGCACGUCUGCUCGCUUUGGAGGAAGAGCUGGCCGAUGCCAAAGAAGUGCAAGCUGCCGCAGAGGCCUUGAUGAAGGAGCUGUGGACAAGACCAAGCUCUCCAGGCCGAACAAUGGACACCCUCGCUACCAACAGCCCGGGAUCAUUCAAGGACAGCUCAAUCGCCGGGGUUGGAAGGCUCGCAUUCCACGCAGGAGCUCGCUGACACAGUGCGCCAGGACGACUGCCAGGCCGCCGCCUUCACCUCGGAGCUGCUGGAGGCGCUGGCGCAGUGUCGCCUGGAGCUGGAGCGCGCCAGGCCAGAGUGAGGGAGAGCAGAGUGGAUCUCAGUUGGAUGGUGCUGCAGUGCGAUGUCUUGAGUGUCAGCGUUGCUGCUUCUUCAGUGUGUCAUGGGUGCUGCUGUGCGGCGGCUCGUGCCACGAGCCGCCAUGAGUGCCCGGCUAGCAUCCAACUGCCAGUCCUCAUUGUAUACUAUUCGCAGUACCAACUGGUCAGCCCACCCACAUACUUGGUGCAUGGGCGACUUGCAGACGUCGCAUCGCUCCGGGAAUCUGAUCACG